AUGUCUGAACAAAAAUAUCCAGGCUAUAAAGAACUUACGUCCUAUUUGACACGACAUAAAAAUAGGUCUUUAUGGAGUUUUCUAAUUCUUUAUAGAGACGCUAUUGUUGCCACUACUCCGGAAGAUUCCUGUGAGAAGGAUCUUGAUAAUCUUUGGGCAGGCCGUUUUACACAGGAAAUAACCAAAUUUGAUACUACUUUGGGUAAUAAGGUGUGUUUUUUUAUAUUUUGCGAAGUUAGGGCAACUCUAUUGUUGAUCAUAUGCUUGGCUUGGAGAACUACUGAGUAUGACCACUUGGUAUCCACUCCAAGUCCUCUAUUCAGACGCUUUAACUUUGUCGUUGAUAAAGGACUACUGAUUUCAGAAGUUGAUCCAGAACGGAGGCGCCGCGCGAAAGACUUUGAUGAUUACUGGGAUAGUAUAAUCUCAGAAUGUAAAACAUUUAUAUUAUAUUCUGCUAAUGUGGAUGAUUCUUCUGCGGAUUUUUCUUUGGAUACUUCAAGUGAUUCUGGGAAGCCCAAAGCUCGAAAGGUUGUAAGAACGAAGGGUGCGCUACCAUCCAGGAUAAGAGGGAAUAAUCUUCGGGAUAUAGAACGUAUACGUUAUAAUCGUGUCACAAAUACUGCCAUCACGCUCACCACAUUUAUCCUCGCCUUCACGAUCACCACUACCAUCGUCAUCUCUCCCAUAAUCACCGCUGCCAAUACCACCUUCUCCACGGCUACUACCAUCACCGUCACCUCCACAAUUACAUUAUAUAGAUUCCUCUGA